AGUUUGUAAGUCCCUUUCGGCGACAGUGGGCAGAUUUUCUUCUACCAGCAGGUGGACACUGAGAAUUUCUGAGCGUGUGUGAACUGACUGGAGUGGACGAGGACAGAAAAUAGUCUUGGAGUGACCGGCAGCGAGCAAAGACCGGAGCAAAGGAGGAGAGAAGAGCGCCCGAAGGAGAGACGAGUCCUCGCCGCAUAGAAAUACUCUCUUUGUUCAUUUGAAUUUGAACAUAUCGCGUUAAUUUUGUUUUUGUUUUUAUUUUUUGUUAUUAUUAUUAUUAGCAUUGUUUUGGGGAAAUGUCGCUGGUGUGCGCUGCGUAAAAAACAAACAAACCCGGACUGCGUUCAUGUCUCAUGCCGUUGGAGGGACCAGUUACUUUUCUUCAAGGAAGCUGUGAGCGGAGUUGAGAUUUCACAGAGAAGGAGGCCCUGGGCUGAAAGUGAGAGCCAGUCACCGAACAGUUACGAAUCAUGGUGAAGUUUCAUAACUCGGACCUCUGGAUAGCCUGGAUGGUCCUGUUCUGCAUGGAGGGUUCGAGAUUUGAUGGACACACAGGGAGAGUGUGUGUGCGGGCGCUGGAUGUGACGGUAUCCCAGAGCAGCAUCCAGGUGGCCCGCGGCCAAGCGGCCGUCCUGCCCUGCUCCUUCACCACCAGCGCUGCCCUCAACAACCUCAACAUCAUCUGGAUGGUGAUACCACUGUCUAAUGCCAACCAGCCAGAACAGGUGAUAAUUUACCAGGGCGGCCAGGUGUUCAGCCUCGCCAACCACCUCAAUGGUCGUGUGGGCUUCGUGGCCACCAUGCCAAGCACAAGUGCCUCCAUCUUCAUCAACAACACCCAGCUGUCCGACACUGGGACCUACCAGUGCCUGGUCAACAACCUUCCAGACAGAGGGGGGCGCAACAUCGGCGUCAUAGGGCUCACGGUGUUGGUGCCCCCCUCUGUGCCAGCAUGUCGAAUCCAGGGCACGCUGGAUGUAGGCAGUGACAUCAUGCUGUUCUGCAGCUCCGAGGAAGGCAUUCCCACGCCGUCCUACUCCUGGGAGAAGCUGGACGCGCUGCCCAAGCUGCCGCACAACGCCAUGCAAGACCAGAUGCAGGGCACUGUAACACUGAGAAACAUCAGCACCAGCACCUCAGGACUCUACCAGUGUACCUCCAGCAAUGCAAUUGGCAAGAGCACCUGUCUGCUCAACCUGCAGGUUGUAGCACCCCAGCCUCAGAGCGUGGGUCUGAUAGCAGGGACCAUCGCUACAGGGGUCCUGGCUGUCAUCAUCUGCUCCCUGUUAGUGGUGGUCACACUCUUCUACUGGAAGAACAAGAACAAAUACGACGAGGAGGAGAUUCCCAACGAGAUCAGAGAGGAUGACCUUCCUCCCAAGAGGUCAUCGUCAGUGAAGGCUUUCCACGCAGACGCCUCGUCCUCAGAGAACGACACGCUGACGUCGACCAACACCUACAACAGCCGCUACUGGCACAACCCCAAACCCAACUACGACACCAACUCCUACACACGCUACAACGGAGACACCCGUCAGACCUUCUCCACCGCCGCUCAUGGCGCACACGGCCACGGACAGGCCCAGAACGCAGGACACGGCCACAGUACGGUGGUCACGGCGCCAGGCUCAGCCCCGCUGUCCCGCCACGCGCAGCCCACGACGGCAACGACGACAUCGUUUGCCAAUGGCAGCCACACGCUCCCCCCGCCCAAGACUCUGGUGGUCACCACGAACUCUGCCCCGUCCCCUCCCACCAUGGUGCGCAGCAACGGCUCCGUGAGCCUCAAACCGGUGGUGACGUCCACGCACGGGCAGCACACGCACUCCUAUGCCGUGAGCCAGGCCACCCUGGAGCGGAUGGGAGCGGUUCCGGUCAUGGUGCCCGCCCAGAGCAGAGCAGGCUCGCUGGUCUGAAGUCAGAUUUGCUUGCUUUGAAAACAAGACUAAAUGAGUGUUUGGUUGUGAUGUUUGAAAUCCACUGAUGAAAAAUAGACCGAAUAUGGGCUGAAGCAGCCCGCUGCCCUUUACAACUGUGUCUUUCUGUAUGUCUUGACCUCUUUAUCUCGAAACAAACUGGGAUUUUACAGUGCAGAGUUCAUUUAAUGCCAAUUCCCUGACGGACAGGAGCCUCCAUUAUGUAGAUAAGCACUACACGGAGUCUGAUCAUUCCCCUAUCGGAUGGAUUUUCCUGGCGGGUGGGGUGGGAACUGUUUUUUCGACCACUCAGAUGAUUUCACAAAGCUGAAGUCAAAUUUCCUGCAGAACCUGGAUUCUCCGAUCUUUUUCAGGGCUGGAUCAUUGUGAUGAUUUUGGGGUUUUUUUGGAGUCAAAGCAACACAAGGCAAGCAUGGUCGGACUGAAGCGGGCCCGGAUUCCCACAUAAACGCAUGUGUCUCAUGUUUCAUGAUAACAAAUGAAGUCCACGUUAUUUCUAAUAAUUUCAGUUCUAAUUCUGACAUUAUGAUUUGGGAUUUUGACGGUAAUGAUAGUGAUGAUGAGGACUAGGCACUGAAAAAAAUGAAUGUUUUGUUUGGAGUAACCUAAAGGAUGAAAGUAUAAGAGUGGUGUUGGGUGAAAUGGCCUUAGAAGCUCAGAGAGAGGGGGUUUUAUUGGGUGCAAUACAAUAAUAUAAUAUACUUUACUUCACUGAAUGCAAACAUUUUGAUUACGUUUCUGCACUUUUAGAGAAAUUUUAUAUCAAAACUGCUGUCUUAUGAACACUAACUCUUACUAAUGAUAUGCUUUAUUCAUGCACAUACAACCCAGAUUCCAAAAAAGUUGGA